AUGAGCGAUCCAAUUCAGGGUCAAAUCUCGGUAAUAAAGCCAUUUCUUGAAGAGUUAAAUGGGAAUUCAUUCUUUAAAAAGGAGAAGGACCUAAAAGAAAAGCUUACAAAAGCAAUUAAUUCACUUCAACAAUCUGAUGUUUCAAUAACUAUUGAUUUAAUAAUAGCAUUACUCUCAGUAGAAAAGAAAAACAUCAGAGUUCAAUGCAUUGAAACACUUUGCAACUUAUUUUCUGCAAGAGAACUCGAGUUUUUCUUGGCUGCAAACACAUCUACAUUAAUUCUUCAUAAACUAAUCGAUAUACUCCAAGAACAUAAAUCACCACAAUAUAAUGAAGUGAUCAAAUGCUUAUCUGCAUUCAUUAAAUCUCAAAAUCAACAAUUAUAUCUUCAUAACGAUGAUUUACAAGACUUUUUAUCAGCAACAUUAGCGCAAUUAGAUACGAAUCCAAAUGUAGAAAAUAGAAAGGCCGUGGAAACAGUCUUAACAUCAUUUAUUGAAGUAUUACAAAAUUCAUUACAAUCAAUGGACAAAAUAGCCAUUUCAGAUUAUAAAGUAACAGUUUCUACAAUUGUUAAAUUCAUCGGUCCAUCUCUACAAGAAAACUCUCUCUCAGUUUUGCUAAAUAUCAUUCAAAAGUUAGUUUUCGAAGCUCCUGAUUCUCUCAAGGACACAAACAAAUACAAACAGAUAGCCAUGGUCGAUGUACCUCAGUUAUUCAUUCAAAUUGCGUUUGCAGCGCCAGAUACUUUUUAUGAUCAGAUUCUUGAGAUGUUUCAGAAGUUUAUUGCAAUGGGUGACUUCAUUAUACCAUCUUUUCCAGCUAUUAUCGCUCAAUUGAUCACUCCUGCCUUCGAAAGCAAAAGUCAAUCGAUUGUCAAAGCUGUUUCGUAUUUAGAAGCCAUCUCUUCACUCGAAAGCCAUGUAUUACUAACAGUAUUCGCAAUGUGCGACUGCUCAUCAACAGAUAGUUACAGAGUUUUCGAAAAUCUUGUAAAUUCAAUUACGCAAUGCAUUUUAUUGUUUUCAUCAAAUGCAACUGUAGCUAUUUCUUGCUUGAGAUGCUUAGACUCCAUACUAAUUUCAUUCAGAAACUUUUUCUUGACGGCAGGAGCCAAAUCCGACGAUGAAAAGAGCGACAACGAAAGAUUUGUAUUAGAAAAGAAGAUGACCAUGGAAGGUUGUGCCGCAAUCUUCAACAAAUCGAUCAAACAAGGCAUACAAUCCUUAAUUCAGUCAGAAUUAGUUGAAGAUGACCUUUACAAGAUCGGCGUUUUCCUCAGAUCAUCACCUCUCCUGAAUCCUACAAAUAUUUCCGAGUACAUAGUCAAGCCAGAGAACCAAAAAGCCUUAGAAGGUUUUAUCUCCACAUUUAAUUUCCAAAAAGUGACACUUGAUCAAGCUCUUCGUGAUUUAUGUUCAAGUUUCUUAUUACCAGGCGAAGCACAACAGAUUGACAGAGUCAUGAUUUGUUUUUCGAAGAAAUACCAUGAAGAUAAUCCCGAAAUUAUGACAGAAGAUGCUGCUUACGCCAUUUCUUUCUCAAUCAUCAUGUUGCAAACAGAUUUGCAUAACGAGAACAUCAAGAGAAAGAUCACAUGUGAAGAAUGGAUCAAAAAUACAAGAGAAGUUGAAUUUGCCAGGGAAGUUCCCCUGUCAGAUUUAAAUGACAUUUACGAGCGGGUUAAAAAUAAACCUCUCAAAAUGAAAACCAUCUUUACAACGGACGGAAAUCAAGAGCAGAACCAAAAGAAGAGUCGCCAGUUACUCAGAGACUUGAUGGAACGUUCGAAUAAAGAAGGUUUGCCUUCAUUAUCCCGUGAAUUGUUAAUUUUAAUAAUUGAAAGAUUGUGGCCGUCACUUUUUGCCUGUUUGUCACUUUUGCUCUCAAAUUAUGCCAUACCUGAGAUUGUGCAAGUUGAUUUAGAUUGUAUUUCUCAGUUGAUUUUCUUCCUUUCUAAUUUUUCGAUGCAGAAAGAGCUCGAAAGUAUUUUGAGUUUUCUUUGUAAUUAUUGUCAAAUUUCGAACGGCCAAUGCCAAACUUUGGCCAUUUCCAAAGCGUGUUCUCUUGCUAAAGAAUGUGGAGAAGGGUUUGGUAACUCUUGGACAUAUCUUUUGCAGCUGUUUUCCAAGAUUUACACUUGGGGAUCGAAUGAUUUAGAAGCCAUUGAUUCUUCUGCGAAACAAAACACUAAAACAACAACAGAAAUCAAUCAUACACAAGAGAUUGAUUCAGUGUUCAUGAAUGCCAAGUGUUUGCCUGGUUUCGCAUACGUAGAAUUCGUAAAGGCCAUGUGCAAUGUCGCAACAGAAGAGUUAUGCAUGAAUCCGCCAGUAAUUUUCACUUUACAAAAAAUCAUUGAAUUGAUGAAAGAAUCUUUCGACAGAGUUAGAUUCAUAUGGAUACAGAGUUGGAUGCUUGUUAGAGCACAAUUCAAUAGGACAGCAUGUCUAGGACAUAAUGAAAUAUCAAUGUACGCAAUUGAUGGACUUCGUCAAGUAGUAAUUUCUUGUUUUAAUUUCAAAGAAAUGUGGUCUCAAUUCCAAAUUGAUAUUUUGUCACCUUUUUUGACAAUUUUUAUGAAUAACUGUCUUUUAGAGCCGAGGAAAUUAGUUUUGAGUAUUGUAGAAGUUGUUAUUCCUAAGAUAGAUACUGCAUGGGAUGUAAUUAUUGAGUUAUUGGAAGCUGCUUCUUGUGAUUCAGAAAUUUCAAUAAUUCAAUCAUCAUUCCAGAUCUUUUCCAAUAACUAUUUGCAGAUUCCUACCCGCCAUGACUUGAAAGUGUUCCUAAUUAUGGCGAAUUACAUAAUACAACAGUAUGUUCCUUCAUUAAAUUUGGAAUCCGCAAAAUUACUUCCAAAGAAGUCAGAAGAGACACAAGAGAUAACAUCUGAAUACAUAGAAGUACUUCCAAGCAUCAUCUACACAACAGAUAACAAAAAUGUCAUUGAAUUUGUGACAGAUUCUUAUUUUAUUUUGCUAAACAAAUAUAUUCAGAAGCAAGAUAAAAUACAAACAAUCGCUGAACAUAUUAUGCCCAUUUUCGCACAGACACCUUUGAUUUCUGUGCCUUUUAUGUAUAAAUCAAUGUCAAAAUACUUAAUUAGCUGUUCGACCAACGAAAAUGACAUGAUUAUCCCACAGACAUUGAUUCCUUGGGCAUCAUCGAUGUUUAUUCAGCUCAUGGACUUCGAAAUUAUCCAUGUUUUCAUCGAAGAAACUGCAAAAGUUUCAAUUUUGAACGAAGAAAUGAAAGAAAUUGCGACAAAGUCGAUUUCAUUAGUUCUGAAUAAUGAUUCGCUCCAAGAACAAGCUAAAGAAUAUCCAAAAUUACUGGAAGAUGCUUUAGUUUUCGUGAAAGAAAAUAAAUUACCAAAAGUGUCACUUUUGAUUUCAAAAAUUUCAUCAAAACUUAAAUUAGUUCAAGUCGAGAGUUUAUCUAUUGAAAUAAUCUUUUCCUUCUUAUCAGAAGGAGCAUUACAAGACGAUGAAGUUGCUGAUGCUGUCAUUUGUGCACUGAAAAUGUUGAAUGAAAUGAAUCAAAACAAAUUAACUUUGAAAGUUGUUGAAAAAAUUGUUGGAGAAUCGAAAUCGAUGAAUUCGCGUUUCUUCAAACAAAAGAAGAAUGAAGCAAUUGUUGCUUGCUUGGAAUUCCUUUCAAAUCCUUCACAGGAAAUAAGAGAACUUGUUAAGUCACUUGCUUUAAGCUUAGUCGACUUGUAA